UGCAAACGUUGACAAGUUCCCCUUUUAUAGUCUAGGACCCUAGGAUGAUUCGACCUCCUACUUCCCGGGAAAGAACCACAAAAAAAAUCCGAGAUGGGGCUUAUAAGUACGCCCGACACUUACAACAUACUAAAUACUGAAAUAAUAGAAAUACUAAAGUAGUACAUCAUAACUUCUACACUACUCACUUCGACACACAAUCGACGAGGCGAUUGGGAGGCCGAGUCUUCCUCUUUGGACGCCCCUUGCGUGGCUCUUUUUGAAGCCGAUGAGUGUCCAUGUCGUUUGUCUGCUAAAGAUCAGCAUUGUCCAGUUGCUGAUGUAUGUCAGGCUGCGACGUUCCCAUAUCACAACAUUACUCCGACAAACUUGAGUUCUCUAUCAGGGGAAUUUUGUUGGGGCUACUAAAUUACGAUUACAAAAUACUCUCUCCAUUCUAUAGUAAUAGAGACGUUUCUUUUUGAUACGUGAUUUAAAAAAAUUGUGUUAAGUAAUUCAAGUAAAGGAAAAUAAAGUAAGAAAUGAAAAAGAUAGGGUGAUGGAAUAGAGAAUAAAGUAAGAGAAAGUAAAGUAAGAAAGAAUAAUGUGUUGACUUUUGUUAAAAAAUGAAAUGAUGAAUCUAUUAAAAUAGCAAAUUGACUCAUGUGGAGCGAAUGGAGUAAUACAUCAAAUUAUAAAAUAUGUAUAUCAAAACUUUAAUUUUCAGUUAGAUUUAGUUCAAGAAGCAAAUCGAUCAUAACCAAAUUCUGAAAAAAAAUUCAAUGAACCACAAUUCCGGAAAAAAAAUCUUCAAGGAACCAAAAAUAUCAUAACUAAAAUUCCGAAUAAAACAAUUACUAUAAGGAACCAAAUAUCCGAAAAAAAAUCUUCAAGUAACAGACUGAAUGACUAUAAAUCUUUGGCUGACUUCUGCUGAGUAUUUGUGAUGAAGUGUAAAAUUUGCAAGUAACAAACACACCUAAAAAUGAAAAGAAACGAUAAGAAAUACACAGUGAAAUAAAAGCAAAAUAUAAUCAAAGUAAAAGGUGAAAAUUUCAUUUCAAACACCGAAACGGCCACUUGUUUCGUCAUCAUUCUAAUUUCUAAACCAGCAAGUCAGCAACUACACACAGAAAAGCUUGCCACGUAAUCUCCGAUUUUCCCUCUGUUUCUCUUCUUCCAUCACCGCAGAAAUACAUUCAUUCAUCUUUCUAGCUCAAUUUAUAUUAACCCAAAAGAUGAAAAAAGUUUCACAAACGGCUAUAUUUUUACCAAUGUUGCGAAACCCUGAAUGCCCCCCCUCUAUCGGUGGGGCCCCCAAAUUCUCAUCUUUUUCAUUGCUGAAUAAUUGGGACUGUUUAGGUUCUAUCCAAUUGAUCAAAAUCACAACUGGUUUUUGAUUCGGGUUUGUGAUGACUUACAAUAAUGCCGGCCACGGCGAUCUUAGGAUGGAUGUGGAUUACGUGAAAUUGGCGGUUGGCGUGGGCGGUGGGGCCCAGUGCCUGAAUGAGGCAUCGCCUUCUUGCGGCGGCGGAGGCCAGUGGUGGUCCUGGUUGUGGUGGUGGGCGAAGCUUCUACUGGUGGCUUUGUUUAUUGGGAUUUUGCUUGCGGUUUUCUUGAAAUGGAUCGGACCCUUCGUCAUGGAGAAGGAGAUCAUACCAUUAAUUAAUUGGGAAAGGGAAUCAUUCAGCACAAAGCAGCUAGGAUUUUUAAUAUUUUGUUCUCUGGCAAUAUUCCCAUCCAUCCUUUUACCUUCUUCACCGUCUAUGUGGCUUGCUGGGAUGACUUUCGGAUAUGGUUAUGGAUUUUUGCUGGUAGUUGGAGGAGUCAUAUUUGGUGUCUCUCUUCCAUAUUUCAUUGGUUCACUUUUUUACCACAAAAUCCAGGUGUGGCUAGAGCGAUAUCCUAAGCGAGCUUCUGUGAUAAGAUUGACUGGCGAGGGAAGUCUGUUUAAUCAGUUCAGAGCCGUAGCACUUAUUAGGAUUUCUCCUUUCCCUUACAUCAUAUAUAACUACUGUGCCGUAGCUACAGAUGUGAAAUUUGGUCCUUACUUCUUUGGGACACUUGUUGGGAUGGUGCCAGAAAUAUUUCUAACACUUUACACUGGAAUUAUAAUACAAACUAUAGCUGAUGCUGCGGAUGAUCGGCAAACUAUGUCAGGUCCUCAGAUUCUGUUGAACAUUGCUGGCUUUUCCAUCACCGUGGCAGCGACAGUGCUAGUAACAUUGUAUGCGAAAAGGCGACUGAAGGAACUGCAGAUGGAAGAGGUGCUAGUCUUGCAGUAACACCUCACAUUACAUGUGGCAAGAUUAUUGCUUUCUAUUGCAAUUAUAUACCACCCGUAGCAUAUAACGAACUGUUUCAUCAUCUGGUGAGUUUAUAAGUUGGCUCCUCAUUCUUUUGAGACUCAUCUACCAGGAGGGGGAAAGUGAUUUAGUUUAGUUGCGCUUCCACCACAUCUGAUGAUAUCGAUUCUUGCUUCCUUCCUUACCCUCCCAUAGUCCUCGUUCUCUGCUUUUUAAGGGUUAUGUUACAAGAAGCCAUCCAAGCUAUUAGAGCAUUAGCAAUGGGGCGCCCUUAGGCGCGCCCUAUGCACCGUCACGUCAUCAUUUUUAUCCUCCUACCUGCAAUGGGGCGCCCUAAGGCGCGCCCUAUGCAUUUUCUUUUAUUUGAAUAUUUAAAUAACAAUUGUGAUCCGAGUUGAAAUAUUCAAGAUGCAAAAAUUCAAAAUAUAAAGUAUAGGACCAAAAUCGUAAAAUGACAUAUAUUCAGGACCAGUUUUGGUCUUUACUCUUUAGAAAACCAUAUAGUUUGAUUGCUCAAAGGGUGAAAGUGGUAGCUAGACUUAUGUGCUUAUACAUUGCAUAUUGGCAUGGGUUUUGAAUAUCAUUUUUAGCAUUUUUCAUGUUAUUUUGGUAAAGGGCUUAAAAAACUAGAACUCAAAAACGUGGUUAAUGGAAUUGAAACUCGGGAUUUGUUGAGGAAAGUAGUCUCCGCUCUCCGAUAAUUUGGCCCAUGACCUAUCUUUUUAUAUAAUAGCCCAUUAAUAAUGAAAUCUAUGAGCACAUCUUUUAAAUUUUAAAUUAAAACUAUUUAAUUAGGGCAACUUGAGAUUUGACAUUCUACCAAAUUUAUUCUGUAUGAAUCCUGUGUUGGUGAUCUUGAUUUUAGACUAGACGGAUCUAACUCUAUUUAAAAUUUCAUACAAGUCGUAAUUUUGCAUCAUUUAACUUAAAUGGCUGCACUCAUCCGGAUUCAAGAUAUAAAUAUAAAUUUAACCAAAUAAUAAACCAUGCAAGUCAAUUUUAUUAAUUCGAAAUGUCAACCAAAGCAGCUAAGUCCGCUGACGCCUACACAGUUGCGUCAUCUAAUAAGUUAAAUUAAUCCACUUUUUGCCGAUACACACCAUUCCACGAAAUUUCAUUCCCUCAAAUUAUAAAGCCAAGAAAUAUCCUAUUGCGUGGAUUACAUCCAAAACUGAUGUGUUACGAUUAAUAAAUUAGGCAAUUAAAUUUCUUGGAAAAUUUACUAGUAGUGCUUGGUGACUAAUCAAACUGUAAUCUACAAAAUAGGGACAUAGACUCCUUCACCAAAACAUAAAGCUUUCUUUAAUUUGCGUGUAGUGCAAGAACGUAACCUGGUUAUGAAAUUUGGGUGGCUUCUCAUAUUUCUGUUUUUCCUAAUUUUCUGCAUCUCACUGCAUUUGUAUGGAUUUUCUUCUAGCCCAAUUUUCGUAUUUGCAGUGCUUAACAUUAUUAUUUCCUUCACAAUUAUGAAAUGCGAGAAGGAAUGUGCGCAAUAUUUUUAUGAGAUUAUGGCUUUUCAUGGCUUGGUGUAUGAUGAAGAAGAUGAGGAAACGAUAGGUGAGCAAAGGAGCAAUAUUGAUAGUGAUGAUGAUUGUGCA